AUUAUCUGUUUGACGCGACCUUGGCGGCCCAAACACUAUGAUACCUGCAGCGGUGGUGCGGACGCCGCGCUUCGUUCACGUUGUCGCUCAUCGUGCGACCAUUCGACAUCGCCCGCCACACCGAGGCUGGCAUGCUGCGCUCCCGCCACCCAGACCUUCGCGUUUCCAGCGGUAACCCUCCCAGACUGCUGCCGCGUGGAGGACUCGGCCGUUGGGAACGGGCGCCUCCGCAUCGGCUUCUACCGCACCGCAGAAAGGACGCAUCGCUUUUUCAGGUGCGGGCAGUCCCUUUUGCGACAAGUGUGCUGAUGUGGAGACGCUCGAACACAUCCUCCUACGGUGCCCCGAGUACGCCGCUGAACGCGACGUGCUCACUUACCGCCGCCUCGGACCCCCGUGCGACAGCACGGAAGCCUUCCCGUCCGCGCAAUCCUCGGUGAUCGGGCGCGCUUUCGCAGCGCUGCUUGAUUACUUGGGAGCAGCCGACUGUUGCACAAGCUUGCCGCCCUCGCUUCCCGCAUUACCGCUCGCCCUUUUCUCUCUUUCUCUAUAUUACCCUCCCCCGUGCAGCACUGUUGAGGUGCCCUCUCAAGAGAGGCAGUUACGGCGCUGCGCUUUUCUUUCCACCCUCCCAACUUAAUGUCACUCACACACACGCGCGCGCGUAGUGUAUCUUUCCGAUUUGGAACGGACGGCAGCAAGCGAUGGCCGCAAGACAAGAAGCCUCCUCGUCUCCAGGCAUCGAUGCGAGAAAGUUUUACAGGCGCUCGUGCGCGCCCGAAGUUUCGGAGCCGGUCACGGGCCUGCUACGCGGAGAGCUUCCCGCUUGGCUACAAGGUAGGCUUUUACGGAACGGUCCGGGACUGUCUUCAGUUGGCCCCGAUCGCUACAACCACGCAUUUGACGGCCCCGCUCUGCUGAGGCAAUUCACCAUAGAGAAUGGCCGAGUGCUUUACCAGAACCGCUUCCUGCGAAGCGAAGCAUACGUACGCAACCGGAGGGCCAACAGAAUCGUCGUCUCCGAGUUUGGAACCGCGGCGCACCCUGACCCUUGUGCCACUGUAUUCGAACGGGUGGCGUCGUAUUUCUCCAUGGACUUAACGGACAACGCUCUGGUGAACGUGAUGCCCGUGGGCGACGAGGUGUACACCCUGACGGAGACACCUGAUAUGACUCGAGUGGACCCUGCGUCACUGGAGACUCUGGAAAAGAAAACCUUGAGAGAAUUGGUGGCCGUGCACAUUGCCACCGCCCACCCACAUUUGGACCCCGUCGACGGCGCUACGUACAAUAUUGGCACACGCGUAGGUGCGCGUCAUUCCUUCGUGCUUGUUCACUUUCCUCCCAGCGGAUCCGAAAGCUCGGUGGACCGUGCCAGAGCCGUGGGCACGAUACCGUUGCAAUCUCGUAUAUCCGUGCCGUACAUCCACAGUUUCGGAAUGACCGAAAACUGGGUGGUCGUGCUGGAGCAGUCUCUUUCCAUGCACCUGCCCUCCAUGUUAGCGGCGAGGUACCUGGGCUACAAGGCGUACAUGAAUGCCCUGAAGUUCGAUGCCAAGAAGAACGUCCGCUUUCACGUGAUGAACAAGAAGACCGGGGAGCUUCACCCCGCCGUGUUUGAGUCCGCCGCAUUUUUCACUUUCCACCACAUCAACGCCUUCGAACAGGGCGACGAGCUCGUGGUCGACAUAAUAUGCUUCGACGACGACAGCAUCAUCAGGAGCCUCGACUACACGGUGGAAAAGCCCGUCGUGUUCAAGAUGGGACAAAUGCGUCGUUUUUCGCUGCCUUUGAAUCGAGGCCCGGACGAGCGUGUGAUCAUCGAGCCCCGGGAACUAGCCAAGGGCAAGCUGCGCGGGGAACUUCCUAGAAUCAACCAAGGCCGCAAUGGGAAGCCAUACAAGUAUAGCUACAGCCUCAGCAACGUCGAAGGCGAAGAGCACAGGGCAUUCGUCUCCAAGCUCGAUGUCACUACGGGCGAUUGGCUGCGCUGGGAAAGGCAAGGGUGGUUCCCCUCAGAACCUGUCUUUGUAGCGCGUCCAGGCGCUGUUGAGGAAGACGAUGGUGUCGUCCUGAGCUCCCUUCUGCACGAGGAGAACGAGAAGAAGCUCGCUCUAGUGGUAUUGGACGCGAAAACAUUCAAACAACUGGCCCUUGCCGAGUUUGACUGCCCGUCCUCAAUUCCGGCUGAUUUUCACGGAUGGUUUCUUGAGAAACAGGCAUAGAAAGCCAUUUCAACUGCUGUACAA